AUGAGGACUACUCCACUGCGCUCAGUAUUGACGAUCGCAGGUUCGGAUUCUAGUGGAGGCGCUGGAAUACAGGCCGACCUCAAAACGUUCGCGGCUCACGGAUGCUACGGAGCAAGUGUGAUAACGGCCCUCACAGCCCAAAACACCCAAGGAGUACACGGGGUGCAUCCGUGUCCUCCAGAAUUUGUUGCCCAGCAAAUACACUCUGUACUAGAGGACCUCGAAAUCAAUGCGAUCAAGACUGGCAUGCUGUAUGACGUUGAAAACACCAAACAGGUAGUCAAAUCGCUGAAGGCUCACUACAAGAACAAGGCUUUACCUCCCUUGAUUUGUGAUCCCGUUUGCGUAUCAACGUCCGGACACACACUUCUCCAUCCCGAGGCUGUAGAGAUAUUGAUUGACGAGCUCUUUCCUCUGGCUACUCUAAUCACUCCAAACAAAGCGGAGGCUGAGCUGCUCUUGUCCUCCCGGAACCCGUUUGUGGACAUCACGAGUCUGGAAGACAUGCUAUCUGCUACCGAGCAGUUACUGUCAUUUGGAUGCGCGGCCGUUCUCCUCAAGGGUGGUCAUAUCACAUCGACGAUGACAGACACCGGCAUUAACGUGGCUGACCAUCCUGAGCUGGUCGUUGAUGUGUUGUACCAAUCCAAUGGGAAGAAGUCGUUGUUUGUCAUGCCGAGAAUCGAAUCGACGAGUACUCAUGGGACAGGAUGUACGCUGAGCUCAGCCAUUGCAUGCGAACUCGCUUGUGGCCUCAGCUUGGAAGAGGCAACCAAGAAUGCUGCUAUAUUCACACACAUGGGAAUCGAGGCUGCCCAUCCGAUGGGCAAAGGGCAUGGGCCUCUCAACCACCUCCAUUCACUGACAACUUUGAAAAUUCCUCACACGGCUGAGCUUUGGAAAGAAUACGUCGAACACGACUUUGUGAAACGACUGGGUAGGGGAGUCCUUGAGAUUGAGGCCUUCUCUCAUUUCAUCAGGCAAGACUAUCAUUAUCUGAAGUAUUAUGCUCGCGCAUAUGGUCUCUUAUCAGCCAAGUCAACUUCGUUCAUGGGGAUUGAAAGUUCAGCACAGGCCAUCCUUAACAUCCUACAAGAAAUCCAAACUCACAGAACCCUCUGCGAGUCAUUUAGUACAGAUUCUCAAGAACUGGAAAACACACCGGAAGCAACCACAACUAUAGCGUACGGGUCGUACUUGAUGACGGUUGGUCUGGAAGGCGACGCAGCAAAGUUGCUGUUGGCGUUGAUGGCGUGUUUGUUAGGCUAUGGAGAGGUAGGGCUUUGGCUCGCGAAAGAAGCAUCCAAAGAGAACAGCUGGGUUGUGAUAGAAGGAAACCCAUACAAAGAGUGGAUUGAGGUAUAUGCAGGCCAGCAGUAUCAGAAUGCAGUUAAGAUUGGAUUAGAAGCAAUCGAAAAUUUGGCUAUCGCUGAUCCCCCGUCUCCUGCGAGAUUGAAGGAGUGGCGGAGUGUUUGGGAGCAAUGUACCCGCUUGGAGAGAGCUUUCUGGGAUAUGGCCAUGGAUGCGCGCAAAUAG